AGAGAAUGAUAAAAUGGUGCAUUCGUCGAUCAAACCGGGCCACACAUUUGAAGCUGGAAAUUAAAUUAGACAUCCACCAUUUUGUUUAUUUUUACGAAACCACUUCUAUGUGUAUUGUACGACUGUCGAAUUUUUUUCUUCAUUGUGAGCUAACGUGAACAAGUUAAUCUAGCAAUGCUUAUUAAAUUAGGAAUGUGCUAUUAGCAUACUGCCAUCGAGCCCUUGUGUUGAAAAUUGCAGACAUCGGCCGCGCCGCUAGUAAACACUCUUUGAAAAUUAACAUCUUGCCUUCAAAGAAAAUUAAAAAUCCGGAUGCGCAAAGUGCUUGUGUCGAUGAGAGAGGCCCAUUGAAGUUUGUUCAUCGAAUUUUUCAUAAGUCUAAAGGGAACGAUCCCCGAGUGUUAAAGGCAAUAUCGAAGAGUUGUGGGCGAGAGUCCCCGGUGGCGCGCCCGGCUAACAUGAAUCACACGUCUGCACCUGACAGGCAGCAGCACGACCCUAAUGUAAAGGUUGAAGAGAUGGAAACACAAGAAGUGGAGACUGUAGAAACUGCAACUGAAAAGACUUGGGAAAAAACUUGGGAAGACGAUUUAAUGAGAGGUCGUAUUACCCCCAAUGGAGGUGUGGUGAUGUCUGAUGUUAUGAAAAAUCAAGAUACUUCUGAAAUGCCUCAACUGGCAUGUGUUGAUGCAGAAAUGGAAGAUGAUGAAGCAAGAUCAGAAGCAACAUUUCGCUUCACAGUACAUAACUUUAAAACUAUCAAGGAUUCAGUGUUAUCACCACCCUGCUAUGUGCGUAAUCUGCCAUGGAAGAUAAUGGUAAUGCCAAGACAGGCCCCAUCCCCUGACAAACAACAACAGAAGUCCCUUGGAUUCUUCUUGCAGUGUAAUGGAGAGAGUGAGUCAUCUAGCUGGUCUUGCUUUGCUAUGGCUGAGUUAAGGCUCAUCUCUCACAAACCUGACACUGAACCUUUUCAUAGAAAAAUCCAGCAUUUAUUUUAUAGUAAAGAGAAUGAUUGGGGAUUCUCUCACUUCAUGUCCUGGAAUGAUGUCUUAGAUGCCGAAAGAGGCUAUAUAAAAGAUGAUGCAAUUACUUUAGAGGUCCAUGUCAGUGCUGAGGCACCACAUGGUGUCUCUUGGGACUCUAAGAAACACACUGGAUAUGUCGGAUUAAAGAAUCAAGGUGCAACCUGCUAUAUGAACUCACUGUUACAAACGCUUUACUUUACUAACCAAUUGCGGAAAGCUGUUUACAAAAUGCCAACAGAGUCUGAUGAUAGUACUAGGUCUGUAGCAUUAGCCCUCCAACGAGUUUUCUAUGAGCUGCAAUUCUCUGAUAAACCAGUUGGAACCAAGAAACUGACAAAAAGCUUCGGCUGGGAGACGCUUGAUUCUUUUAUGCAGCAUGAUGUGCAGGAAUUCUUGAGGGUAUUACUAGACAAGUUGGAAAGCAAAAUGAAGGGUACCUGCGUAGAAGGCACAGUUCCACGAUUGUUUGAGGGUAAAAUGAGCUCUUACAUUAAAUGCAAGAAUGUCAAUGUCUCCAGUACAAGAGUUGAGACCUUCUAUGACAUUCAGUUGAAUAUCAAAGGGAAAAAGAACAUUUACGAAUCAUUUAAAGACUACAUAAACACGGAGACACUGGAUGGUGAGAAUAAGUAUGAUGCUGGAGAGCAUGGGCUUCAAGAGGCAGAGAAGGGUGUGAUAUUCGCCACUUUCCCCCCCGUACUGCAUUUACACCUCAUGAGGUUCCAAUACGAUCCUAUCACUGACAGCUCUGUCAAGUUUAAUGACAGGUUUGAAUUUUACGAGCACAUCAACUUAGACGCAUACCUACAAGAGAAACCCGAAACUCCAGCUGAUUACACCCUACACGCAGUUUUGGUUCAUUCAGGAGACAAUCACGGAGGUCACUAUGUUGUCUUUAUCAAUCCCAAAGGGGAUGGCAAGUGGUGUAAAUUCGACGACGACGUGGUAUCUCGAUGCACGAAGCAAGAGGCAAUUGAAUACAAUUACGGCGGCCAUGAUGAGGAUAUGGCACUAACCGUCAGACACUGCACUAAUGCCUACAUGUUGGUGUAUAUUCGUGAUUCACAAUUAAAGACAGUGCUCCAAGAAGUUACACAGGCUGAUAUUCCUACUGAACUCAGCGAAAGAUUAGCAGAAGAAAAGAGAAUUGAAACUAUCCGCCGUAAAGAGCGCAAUGAGGCCCAUCUCUAUAUGAACGUGAAUGUGGUACUGGAAGAGGAGUUUGAUGGUCACCAAGGAAACGACCUCUAUGAUCCCGAAAGGGCUCACUUCAGGGUGUUCCGAGUAAGGAAGCAGGCGACCGUUGCAGAACUUAUGGAGACGUUGGCGGAGAACUUCCGCUACCCACAGAAACAUUUGCGCCCAUGGCCGUUUAGCGCCCGCUCUAACCAGACGUGCAGACCAACAUGCCUGGACGUAAUCAACGACCAGAACAAGACAAUAGCGGAUAUAUCGGAGAACAUUAAUCCAUGGAAUAUCUUCCUCGAAAUGCUCGCUCCGGAUUCUGGCUUCGCCACAUUACCCCCAUUCGAUAAGGACAAUGACGUAGUGUUGUUCUUCAAGUACUACGACCCGAAGCAGAAGAGGAUUCACUAUUGUGGACAUCAUUACUUACCUAUCGCAAGCAAACCGGCUGAUCUCAUACCAAUACUCAAUAAGAGAGCAGGCUUCCCUCCAGACACACCCCUAGUUUUGUAUGAAGAAAUUAAACCUGACUUUGUGGAGAAAAUCAACAAUUACAACGACCCUCUCGAAAAGGUAUUGGACGAGCUGAUGGACGGCGAUAUCAUCGUGUUCGAGCGAGCGGACAGCCGCCACGAGGAGUUGGAGCUGCCCACCUGCCAGGACUACUUCAAGUACAUCUUCUACAAGGUGGAGGUGCAGUUCGUGGACAAGACGGUGCCCAAUGAUCCCGGAUUUACUAUGGAGCUGUCGAUGCAAAUGCGGUAUGACCAAAUGGCCCGCGCUGUUGGACAGCGUCUCAACGUUGAUCCCUACCUAAUACAGUUCUUCAAGUGCCAAAAUUACAAGGACACACCCGGUCUGCCUUUGCGAUACUCGUAUGAUGGAAUAUUGAAGGACUUGCUUGUCUACUGCAAACCAAAGUGCCCUAAGAAAUUGUUCUACCAGAUUUUAUCUAUCAAAGUGAACGAAUUGGAUAACAAGAAACAAUUUAAAUGUUUAUGGAUUGGUCCUAAUUAUAAAGAAGAUAAAGAAUUAAUUUUAUAUCCCAAUAAAGGCGGCAAAGUCUCGGAUAUAUUAGAAGAGGCAGCUAAGGUCGUAGAAAUGUCACCGGAAGGUUCUGGAAGAUUACGAAUUGUCGAAGUGUCGUGUCACAAGGUGUUGCCAGGGCCGGACCCCGAGCUAACAUUGGACCAAGUGACAAUGUCACCUCCCAGACUUUACCGGAUAGAGGAGAUCCCGCAGGAUGAGCUGGAUUUACAGGAUGAUGAAAUGCUAGUCCCAUGCGCGCAUUUCUACAAGCAGGUUUAUGCUACGUUUGGGAUUCCGUUCUACACCCGCAUCAAACACCACGAGCCCUUCCAAGCUGUCAAAGACCGCAUGCAGAAGAAGUUGGACAUACCUGACAAGGAAUGGGAGAAGUUCAACUUCGCAAUUAUAGUAAACGCAAGAGCUAAUUACAUAAGCGAAGGAGCUGUAGUGAACAUAUUCGACUUCAGGCCAAGUAGUAAUGCAAACCUGUCGCUUCCAGAUUCCUCCGGACGGCCCUGGCUGGGCCUGGAGCACAUCAAUAAGACACCAAAACGUUCGCGGGUCAACUACCUCGAGAAAGCCAUUAAGAUCUACAAUUGAUUUAAUGCGCGCACUCUUAUCUCUCACGAGGAAUAUAUCCAUAGAGUACUAGAAUUUUGAAUCCCGAGCGUAUACGUACAUGUACGUGCACGCAUUCGCAUUUCCCACGGAGGGGAUUUUUAUUUAUUUGAAACGCGAUUUAACUAAUUACCGCUGUGCACCGAUUUAAUAUGAAACGCUAGCGAUCAAAUGAACACGAUUUCGAAAUAUAUCUAUAGUUUGAACUAGGUAUUAGUGUAAGCUGUAGAAAUAAUAUUUUAUUCACAAAUUCUCGUAGAUGUGUUCGUUUGGUCGCGAGCGUGUUCGCUUUAAGAUUUCCAUUGAUAUCAUAAUGUGGCCUCUGAACUUAGAUUCUAAAUUUGCUGUUUUGUUGGAACAUAAAGUAUUUGUCAGUCUGUUUGCGUUUUACAAAAUUUGUCCGUUAUAAUAUAAUAUUAUUGACGAAAUGAAUGUAUGUCUAUUGUAGGAAUUAACAAAUUUUUCUAACAUCGUGCUGAAGUUUAUUUUCAUUGAUACGCAAUACUUUCAUUUAAAUGCCGUGUAUAAAAUUUAUUUUAGCCAUUGUGUAAAUUGGAAUAGGCAUCUUAAUAUACAACGGGGAUAUUCUACAUCAAUUUAACCAGUAUUUCAAGAAUUGGACCCCUUACUCUCGAAGCCUGAGAACAAUAAAAGGCGUAUGUCAAAUGAUACGUUGAAGGGAGUCGAAGCCACGAGGCCGGCGACACGAUGCGGUAACGGUGCGGUGCCGCACCGCAAUUAUUUCGAGCUCUAGGGUGCCACAUGGGCGUUGCAGUGUGGCAAUAUAUUUUACCCCUCCCCGCUUCGUCUCGCAGGUCACAAGUCCGGCGCGCUUGCGGUGCGACGCCGCGUCGUGUGGCACGGUAAUUUGUAUGUAGGAUGACGGUGCGACGCCGCACCGCACCGUUACCGCAUCGUGUGCGCUGUAAGCGUGUUAAACUGAGGUUUUUCAUAAAUGUUUCGCGUCAAUACGCAAACAUUUGUGACAGUAAUCUGUCAUUUCAAUAUAGAAUAUUCGACGCACCCGAGAUAUGUUACGUUUAUGACGAAAUUAUGUAUAUAUAUGAUGUAAUAAAUUAUGAAAAAUACAAUAAGUUUUCGUAAUGAUGCCUUAGACGUUUUCGAAAUGAUACUUCUACCCUUUCGUUUAUUUUACGAUUAAUGGCGUUCUAUACGCUUAUAUUAACAAGGUUUGGUAUAGAAAUAGAUGUAGAUAACUUGCCCAAUAUGGGAAAAUGGGAUUAUUAUCAUUUUAAACGUUUUUAGCAUUUGACAGUCUGUACCUGGACAGCUUGAACACUUUUCAACGUUUCUCUGAAUAUAAUCCUAUAUUUGUUUAA